UUAAGUUAAAUGUCAUACGAAGUAAAUGUCAUUUUUCAAUGUUAUUAUUGUCGUAUGAUACGGAAGAGAAAAAGCACUCGAAAUAUCCAAAUAUGAUGCUUAUAAACAAUCAUUAUCUCUUUCUUUACAAACUACACUCAUUAUAUAAGCAUAAAGUGUGACAGAAAGAGUAACCCAAAGCUAAUUCAUUUUAUAACCCGUUCUUUGAAUUUGAUGUACAAAAAGCUAUUUAUAUUAUGUUGAGAUAAGUAUAAUGUACAAAAGAUGUUAAAUAUUGGCCAUAAACUUUGUUAUCUACACACUAAAAUGUUUAAACACAAGAUUUUGCGCCUUCCAGCCAUACUAAGAAGUCAGAACAAUCUAAUUAGAAAUUGUACCACUACGUCCCAAACUACAGAUGAUGAAAAAGCGCGCGAAUUGGAAAGAAUAGCGAAAGAAGCUUCAAUAGACGAGCCGCCAACCAGUUGUUGUCAGUCUGGCUGCGCCAACUGUGUGUACAUAGUGUGGGCAGAGGCCCUAUCAGCUAAAAUACAGAAUGUAGGACCAGAAGUCAGUGACAAAAUAUUAGAUAUGGUGCAAGAUCCAUCAAUGAAAGCGUAUCUUGAAAUGGAAUUGAGAAUAAGAGGUUUAAAGAAAUGAGUUUCUGGUUUAUUUAGAGAGUAUUAGUUUUAAGUCGUAGUAAAAAAAAUAUAAACCCUUGUUUAGAUGAAAUGACUCACUAACUGCCAAUUUUAAUAAUUUAUCUCAAUCCAAACUAUAGAUUACAUACAAUACAUUAUUUCUAUACUAAUUAUUGUUAUUACUGUCAAAAAUGGAGUUAAUCCAAGAAUUUCAGAUUAAGAUUGGUUAUUGAAAUUGGCAGUAAGUUUUUAGUCAGAUUUCAAUGGUGAUUGGCAUCUGGGCUUCUCCCAGUUGUACCAUUAAUGGCUUUAAUCAUUGUCUCCAGCAUUACAAAAGGUAGAAAUGAUUCCCCUUUCUCCUUCAUUAUUAAUAUCCAUCAAAGGUUGCUGUGCCAGAUGUUUGAGGCAGGCUUAUCCCAUUAAAAAA